CACUGUUUUACUUUCUCCUUAUUGUCUUCUGACAGAGACAACAGCAGAGCUGCAGAAUGAGGCAUAAGACUUCUGUCAAGAUUCGUCUUGUCGCUGCUCCUGAGAUGCAGAGGACUGCCGGGAUAUAAGUAUAUGAGUGCAUGUGGAUUUGAUGACCUUAGAAUUACUUAACCAGUAAACCCCUUGACCAAAGGUUUGGUUUGAAGCUUCUUUUUUUUUUUUUUUUAUGGAUUCUUGUACAUGAGAUUUUCCAUAUUCCUCGAUGUUACCAAUUAAAGAAGGCGCCUAAUAUAGCGCCAAACCAUCAUCGUUGGUUCUUAGGAGUCGAGCCAGAGGUCAGCAAUCGUCUUUGUUGUUAGAAAACGCACAUUUCUUGGGAGGCCAGUUUUUGUUCAUUAUUUAAGAAGCGUGGAUCUUCAAGCAAACAAAAUCCAAAUCAUUCUCUCUCUCUCUCUACAUUCUAUCCAUUUCCGCUCUCAACAAGCCUUCAUGAUCUGCGGGUGUCUUUCUGAGUCUCAAACAUACAGCAACCCCUCCAAAAUGACGACAACAGCCUCCUCCCUUGAGAACAGAACGGAAAGGGCGCAACUUCUUGGUGGUUCAAACAACGUCACAAAGCCUAAAGCCAUGACUCCUGAGGAAAUCAGAGCCAAAUACAGGAAAUCUGCGAAUAAUGUCUCCUCAGCCGCUGCACACGCCAAGAAUAUGCUUGUAGAAAGAAAAGAGAAAUUGGAGAAAAUCAGUCAACAUUCAGAGGAGCUGGAAAGUAGAUCUCAAGACUAUGCAUCAAUGGCCAAGGAGCUUGCCAACAGAAUGGAGAAGAAGAAAUGGUGGCAACUCUGAGCCUGUCUGGAAGACCAGAAGAAGACUCGACGGCCAGAAUUGAUGAGUGAUACUGAAGUCUGAUGUUCAAUUCAAUACAAUUCCUAGAUAUGCAUCUAAUUAGACGGUAGAGCUUAGACCAGACCAUAUUUUCCGGCCUGCAAUUAACAGAGAACAAUUGCUAGUGCUGGUAAAAGAGUUUCAAUAAGAUGAUAUCCUUGUAGAUGCUUUCAUGUUGAAAGCUUACCUCCCUGGCUGUUCUGC